AUGAGUAAUCCUGAAGAUCCCUUUGCGGGGUUUGAAAAUAUAGGACCCAGUUCUGAUUGGCAGCCGCAUGUAACCAAUAGCAGUCCAACAUUAGACGUCAAACCAGUGACAUUGGAACUCAAGUGUCCAAGUUGUGCAAAACGUUUUAAUGUACGUGCAAACUUGACACCUGUUAUAGAAACUACUGCUGCUGCUGCUACUGCUGAAAUGGGAUUUAAUGCUGCUGCUGCUUAUAAGAGCUAUACACCACCUAAAAGUGUGGGAAAACGUCGACGCGCGCAUGACUCUGACUCUAAUUCUAAGGAUGAUCCCCCUAGUUCAAAGAAAUCCAAGGUUGUCCAUCGCCAUUUGAAAUUCAAUAACUAG